AUGGCUUCAAGCAUCACCAACGACGUACGUCUCGACUCUCCGGAUGACUGGGAUGAGUGGGAAACCGCUCUACUCAACCAAGCUGAGACGUACCAUAUUCUCCUGGUCCUCCAAGGAAUCGAGGACCCUAUCCCUAAGCCUGAAGUCCGACGUAUCAAGGACUUCAUGCUAAAGGAUAUACCACUGCCCUCUCAGCCACCAGUCGCACCUCCGACUGGCCCUACUCCUUCAGCCUCGACCGCGAGGAUUGGAGCGGCUGCAGGUACUCGUGGCCAUACUGCUAGUCAACCAUCCCAGGACUCGGAGACCGUCCAAAGCACUGAGUCCCAGGAAGACGUUCCUAGCACUAUGGACACGAUGGAUAAAGAAAGAAGAAAACAGAUAGAGAAAGACGCGCUUUAUGCCUUUAGCGUCCAUAACAACGAGUAUAGAGUAUUGUACCAACUCUGGGAAACUCAGUGCCGAGAUGUCGACAAGGUUUUCAACUGGAUGAAGAAGACUGUACACCUAAGCUAUCUCAAGAUGUGUGUCAGCAACACUCCGGAUUGGAGAAAAGCAUAUCGAAAUCUUAAGAGCCAUCUUAGUCAACCCCAAUCUGACGUUUAUCGUAAGAUUAGUAGUGACUAUGCUGCGGUGUUCAUCCUUCUCAAACAGGCAAGAACGACUAAGGAUUUAGAGGCCUGGAUUGUGAAAUGGGAUGACGUUCUUACUCAUGCAGAACGUAAGAAAAUGUCUAUUGCCACCAACACAAUCGAAUGGGCAGAUAAAUUCUUUGACGCUAUUGACUUCCUUGACCACUCCUGGAUAACGACUUUUAAAGUCCACUUUCAUGAGAAGAUUGAUGACGGGACUCUGGAACGAAGAGAUCUUACUAAUAUGUUCCGAAGGCUUAUUCAACAACCACAUAUACGCCUCCGGGGGCGUCCAUCAAGAGGAUCCUUUGCCACUCAGGCUGGAGGAAAUGAUAAUAGAAGUGACCAUGAGGCUCCACGACAGCCACGACGUCAGAAUCGCUCCCUGGACCGCUCCCGAGGACGCUCACAAUCUCACUCCAGAGAACGACCAAGUAAGAAAGCCAGGCUUAUAAAGCCAGAGGAUAUGAGGACAACCACUGCACCAAUCUGCCCGGCAUGUGGAGGACGACAUUUUCUCCUAGCAUGCUUUUAUAUCCUUCAACACCUUGGGCUUCUAGUUCCAGAUAACUUUGAACCUUGGAUAUAUCGUCAAGAGAGAGCAAAAGAAUGGACUGAGAAAAACACCAAUAUGAUUGACGAAUUGGUUAAACACCAUGAGCAGUUGACGCUCAGUGCUAACAAAGAACAUCCUCGCUCUCGAAGCCGAUCCCAAGGCAGAGCAAAGGAAAUACUAGGAAUCACCCAAGAUAAGACGACAUUCCAGGGAGAGCUAAUACCCUCAGAAUGA